UCGGCGGCUCCGGGGGCGGGAGGGCCGCGGGGCUGGAGGCAGAGGCCGGGGCUGGAGCCAGGGCGUCGCGGUUCACAGCUGGCCGGGGACACUGGUGGUGUCACACAUGUAACACAAACGGGCGUGACCCGCCUAGCACAGAGCGUGGGGCUCCCUCGGUCUCGGCCGGGCCCGCUCCGCUGUCCCUGCGCAGGCACCGUGUCGCGGUGAGAAUGCCACUGCACGGGCCCCGGUUCGCUUCCCUUGGUCAGUUGGUGUCCCCACACGUUAUUGGCGAUUCAAAUUCUCUUCUGAAGGCUGAGUGAGGUCCUGGGUAUUCGGGGCUUUUCAGUGACGUUCAUCUGUGUGUCAUCUGAGGCUUAGGAACCUUCGUUUAUUUUAAAGACGUCCCUUUGGUAUCCAGUUAUUAUGCAGGUAAAAUUAUUUGCAGUUUUGGGGUGGAAAAGAGUGGCCAGAAAUAAUAAAGGUCAAAAGUACAAGUGUAUUUGGUGACCUGAGGCCUCUGCUCCACAGUAUAUAGCACUUCAUGCUUGCUGUGCUAUUGAAUCUUUCUAAAUACCACCUUAGAGCAUCAAGGUAGGUAUCUGGAUAGCAAAGGGAAAAGGUGGGAUCAUCUUGAAAAGUCUGGGUUGUCACCGUACAGGAAGUUGGUGGCAGCCAGAAUCUAUUUCUAAUAGAAAUAUUUCUGUAACACUGAACUGAGCACCUCUUGUGUUUUCCUACAGUGUCCUGCCUGUUUCCCUCUGAACAAACGGGCCAUUUCCCUUAGCUUCCUUCACUGCAUACUGCUCAGUCCCAGGGAACCUCUGUGCUUGGGAGGGUGGAGCUUCCAUGGGAAAGCACACCACGUGCAUUGCCGGGCAAGCUGUAACUCCAUGAGCACAAAGGAGCUGAAUUAAGGCUAUAAAGUGGCAGGAAGUUUCAACAAGAGAUAAAGCUUUCAGCUUUGCCUGGCAAUAUGUGUUCAUUUCUGUUCUUCCCUUGUGAUUUCCCUUGUGUUUGAGGCCUCUCUACAUCUGAUGAGGCAAACCAGUUCAAGUUCUAUACUAUGUUGUGGCUGUCCUCUUGGAAUUAAGUAUUUCUCCAGCAUAGAUGCCAUAUCAAAAGGAUGAAGACUCAAAAGGAGAAGAUACCGUGCAUGUGAUUUAUACAGACUUAAGUGCAAAAGACUUCAUCUAGGACAUUUUUAGCUGAAAUAAAUAAAUAGGAGAUGAGUGCCCAUGCAGGAAUGUGUGCAGCGGAGCUGGGUGGUCGAAGGAUUAGCUCUGCUGGAUUUAGGAGUCUCGCCAUACUCUGGAGCUAUUUUUCAUGAGACCCCACUGAUAAUCUAUCUCUUUCACUUCCUAAUUGAAUAUGCUGAACUGGUGUUCAUGAUAACUGAUGUGCUAACUGCUGUUGCCCUUUACUUGGCAAUCCAGGACUUCAACAAAGUUGUGUUCAAAAAGCAGAAGCUCCUAAUAGAACUGGAUAAAUAUGCACCAGACGUGGCUGAACUCAUCCAGACACCCAUGGAGAUGCACUACAUCCCCCUCAAGGUAGCACUAUUCUACCUGUUAAACCCCUACACUGUGAUGUCUUGUGUGGCAAAGUCCACCUGCGCCAUCAACAACUCUGUUAUUGCAUUCUUCAUUUUAGCUACAAUAAAAGGUAGUGCCUUCCUCAGUGCUGUGUUCCUGGCCUUAGCAACAUACCAGUCACUCUACCCUCUCACACUGUUUGCUCCAGCACUGCUUUACCUUCUACAGCGCCAGUUCAUACCUAUCAAACUGAAAAGCAAAAGUUUCUGGCUCUACACCAUGCAGUAUGCAUCCCUGUACCUGUGCAGCCUGGUGGUGAUCAUCUGCCUCUCCUUCUUCCUGCUCAACUCCUGGGAUUUUAUCCCCUCUGUUUAUGGGUUUAUCCUUUCUGUUCCAGACCUGACACCCAAUAUUGGCCUUUUCUGGUACUUCUUUGCAGAGAUGUUUGAACACUUCAGUCUUUUCUUUGUAUGUGUGUUUCAAAUCAAUGUGUUCUUCUACACCAUUCCCUUGGCAAUAAAGUUGAAGGAACACCCUGUAUUCUUCAUGUUUGUCCAGCUUGCCAUCAUUUCUAUCUUCAAGUCCUAUCCCACCGUGGGAGACGUUGCGCUGUACAUGGCCUUCCUUCCAGUCUGGAGCCACCUUUACAGAUAUUAUCUUUUUUAUGAGAACCUUUUGCAGUCCUGCAUCCUCCAGAUGCUUCACUCCCAUUUAAGGCUGUGUAAUUUGAACAGUGCUCCAGCAUUUGUCCUCCGGAACAUCUUCAUCCUGUCAUGUGUGCUCAUUUUCUGCUCCUUCCUGUUCCCUGUUCUGUGGCAUCUAUGGAUUUAUGCAGGAAGUGCCAACUCCAAUUUUUAUUAUGCCAUCACGUUGACUUUCAACAUAGGGCAGAUCCUGCUCAUUUCGGAUUAUUUCUAUGCCUUCCUCCGUCGGGAGUACUACCUCACUCACGGGCUCCACCUGACAAGGCAGGACGGGACAGAGGCCAUGCUGGUUUUGAAAUAAGGACUGGACCAUAAUUUCCUGGGACACAGGCCACUCCGAGGAACAUGCAAAGUUUGGGGUGCGUGGGGUGGGUGGGGAAGGUUCCCUGAAUGAGGUCUGACUUUGGGAAUGAUACCGACUGAAAGAAAGGGCUGAAGUUCUGGGAAUAGCCCCCUGAGCUGCAGGCUCAGCACAGACUGUCAGAGCUGCAGUGCCUCCCCCACAGCUGUGCUUUUCACUUUGACCUCAGCCAUCAGUUGCUCUGGGCAGUCCAGCAGGAGCAGGAAUGUCUGAGCUAAACCCAGGGCUGGAGCUCAGACCAUGAACUGUUUUCCACCACUGCUUCUUGGAGAUGUUUGCUUCUCUGGGGAUCUUCCCCUUCACUGCUUUGACCAGUAACGCUCCUGCUUGGCACAAGGCAGUCUCUGGGUACCUGGUGCCCCUGCCCUGGCUGCAGAGUCCAUUUCUUGGUGGUUCUGCUGUUGAGGGAUCUGGAAGAAUCCUGUGUGCUCAGUCACAGUGGGUGCUGUGAAAGGGGUGGGUGACCAAGAAUGAUGACCUUGGAUGACAGCUGGAGCUGCUGCCACACCUGGUAACCUCAGCACUCAAACACAAGGAGGAGCCAGAACUGGGAUGGGAUCAGGAGCAAGGUGGGUACCAGGUAACUGCUCUAUCCUAUUGGAGCAACACAGCCAUGCCAGGAGCUGCACAGAGGCAUUGCAGGUCUCAGAGGGAAUACUACUGAGGAGAUGGACUCCCACUGCUCCCAGUUCCUGUUGGGUGACAAAGCCUGGCAGUGCUGGUCUCACACUGUGCUGCUGUGAUCACUUGGGGCAGCAGCUGGGACCAGGAGGUGUCACAAUCUCCCCAUAAGGCCCCAGACCAAAUCCAGGAGGAGUCUCAGCCACUGCUGUUAUGGAGUUGUUCCACAGCUGCUUAUCACUACUGGAUGUGCACUUGUCUGUGUCACCCCUGUGUCAGUCAGUGCUGGGCUCAAGGCUGUGCACAGGGGCUCCCUUCAAUCAGCUCCCCUGGUCCCCCCCACUCCUCUCUGCACUCAGACCUGCUCACCUUGGAGCUGCUGCUGCUGCUGCCCCCUGAAUGUGGCACUCUGGGGUGAAGCCUCCAGCAUCACCACUGCUCCCACGGGACAUCCCAAAGGUUGGGAAUGUGACACGGAAACCAAACUGCACCCGGUACCGAGCAGCUGAUAGAUGGAUGUGCCCAGGCAGGUGUGUAAAGAGAUCUUUCUUUCCGGACAAUUCAAACUUUUGCCUUACUGCACUUCUGUCAGCGCUUUGGGGGUGGAGCCGCGCCCAGCCAGGCCCGGCCUGGGGCGGGCCCGGCGGGAGCCUCCGGCCGACGGGGCCACGGCAAGAAGCGAAAUAAACUGUGCGAGUUUUGGA